AUUCACCACUGUUGUGAACUUGGCACGCGACGCGCCUCACGCUGCAACGUGAAACUUGCUGAUCUCACUUUGGAAACAUCCAGAUAAAAGCCGCUGCUGGCUUCGUCUCUGCCCGGGGUUUGCGCUCGCACACGGCGGCGUUUCGCUCCACGAUGUCCGGUCACGGUCACGGCCACGGCGGCGGCGGCGGCGGGCACGGCGGCCACGGGCAUGGCUGCGGGUGCGAGGGGGAGCAUGAGCCCGCGGAGAGGGGCCUGGAGUACGGGCUGUACCUGAAGAUCGACACGGAGAGGCUGCAGUGUCUCAACGAGAGCAGGGACGGCGACGGCAGGCUGGUGUUCAAGCCGUGGGACCAGCGGACCGACAGAGAGAAGUUUGUGGAGAGCGACGCAGACGAAGAGCUCCUGUUCAACAUCCCUUUUACAGGCUGUGUGAAGCUGAAAGGCAUCAUCAUCUCUGGAGAGGACGACGAGUCCCAUCCGGCUGAAAUACGACUGUUCAAGAACAUCCCCCAGAUGUCGUUUGAUGACACCGGGCGAGAGCCUGACCAGGCCUUCAGACUGAACAGAGACCCGCUGGCCGAGCUCGAGUACCCGACCAAGAUCGCUCGUUUUUCCAACGUUCAGUCCCUUUCCAUCCACGUGUCCAAGAACUUCGGAGCAGAGAGCACACGCAUCUUCUACAUCGGCCUCCGGGGAGAGUACUCCGAGGCUCACAGGCAUGAAGUGACGAUCUGCAACUACGAGGCGGCGGCGAACCCCGCAGAUCACAAAGUGGAAAGCAUCAUUCCGCAAACUAAUUUCAUUUCCUGAAGGACGUGGAGAGAGAAGAGGAGAGGUUUGGUGGCGUCUGCUAGCUGUCGUUGACACGGGUCAAGAGGUCGAACGUGUGUCCGGUGCUGCGUCUUGGCGGGGCUUGAGUAGAGGCGGGGAGGCUCCCAGCGGUGGGCGGAGCUUGUGUGGGACUGAGCACUUAAAGGAUCUGAGGGCCAGGAGGCUUCAUAUCAGCCUGGACGUGCCAAGUCGUCGCCCUGCUUGUGUGGCAAUAAAAGAGUGAAGGCUUAAAGGAUGCGGGCAAAGUCUUAAUAAAUGCAUGAAACACAUGACAUUCUGAUAACGUCUGUUGUUACCACUCCUACAUAUUUACUGACUCAGCGGCAGACGAUGCAGUUUGAAACGGGAGGGCACAGUUUGAAAGCAUGAGGAAGUACAAAACCCCUCAGGUUCAUGCCAACACUAUUAAUCCAUAGAAUUACUAUAACACGGUUAAAUGCCUGCCUUGAAUCUAAAGUUUUGAUGUCAAAUGUACAUAAAAACAACAACAGAGACACAAACAAUGGAAAUACUCUUAUAUUUUUGGUCAUGAUGUGGUAAAGCAGUUGUGCUGAACUUCUGAGGCAUUUCUAAGCUCUAAUCUUUGGAGAGGUGAGUUGCAUUCAUUAUUCUUCACCACGUCAUAACAAGGUGGGGUGUCCUCCCAUUUCAAACUGCACAGUCUGCCUUUAAUAGCAUCGAAAUCUGGACAUCCAGCAUUUAAAGAGAAUAUAAACCUUAAAUAAAACAAGAAAACCGAUGGCACAUGAUUGGUACUUUUGGAUAUGGGAAACUCAGAGCUUGGUUAACAUUUUACAGACGGGAUAUCCCCUCAGUGUCUGCUUUAUCAGCUCCACCUGCACAGUGUAAUGCAGUUCAGUGCAACAGCUCUGCCAUAAAUUCUACCUUUUAGCAAAGUUUAUAUUGUUUAGUUUUUGUUGACAUUGUGGAGAAUGUCUAAAUUUAA